AUGCUCAGCACCAUAUCGACGACAGCUGAACCCACAACCACUGAGAAACCCACAACCACUGAGAAACCAACAACCACUAAGGGCCCAACAACCACUCAGAAACCCACAACCACUGACAAACCCACAACCACUGAGGAACCCACAACCACUGAGAAACCUACAACCACCGAGAAACCCACAUCCACUGAAAAACCAACAACCAGUGAGAAACCAACAAUCACUGAGAAACCCACAACCACUGAGAAACCCACAACCACUGAGAAAACCACAUCCACUGACAAACCCACAACCUCUGAGAAACCAACAACCACUGAGAAACCAACAACCACUGAGAAACCAACAACCACUGAGAAACCCACAACCACCGAGAAACCCACAACCACUGAGAAACCCACAACCACUGAGAAACCCACAACCACUGAGAAACCCACAACCACCGAGAAACCCACAAUCACUGAGAAACCCACAACCACUGAGAAACCCACAACCACUGAGAAACCCACAACCACUGAGAAACCAACAACCACUGAGAAACCCACAACCACCGACUGCAUUCUUGAGGAAUCACAAUUUGGUCUUGCGACCAGUUCCACACUUGCCAGCAGCAAACCCAGUCGAUGUGACUGGGGACCCAGCUCAGAAUAA